AGCCGCCAGACUGAGUGCAACACCGAGAGAGACGGAGGAGAGGAGAGAGAGUGAGCGUCUGCGUGUGCGAGAGCUCCCAACGAAACGCAAGUGAUCACAAAGUGAGAAGAAAAAGAGGCGGAAAAAACGUCUCGACACUCAGCGUCCGCUUCGAGCCUCCGACUCGAGGAAGCUGGUGAAGCUCAGCGGCAGCGGCAGCAGAAGCGGUGAGGGACAGCUGGCAUGAGCUAACUAACCCCGCCGGCCAUGGAGACCAAACCUUUCCUGUCAUUGGGGUUCCUGAAGCCCCAGUGCUCUCUGGCGCCGCCCCCUCAGAGAGGCCGUUCAGGGGAGGCAUGCUCCUGUUUCAGCGGCAUGUGCCCUCUCCAUCAGCGCAGACUGUCCACAGACAUGGCGACCCCUGGUUCCUAUCAGCACCACUGUAAAGAAAUCAGAGUCGACUCGUCAGGUCAGAUGACCUCCUCUCCCCUGAGCUCACCCACCUCUCAUCGUGCGAUGCAUCCACCCCUGCUCAGCCCGACCUCCAUUGGGGCCCCAGGAUCCCUCCACUCACCCAUCAGCACCCUCAGCUCGCCCAUGAAUGGACUGGGUUCGCCUUUCUCUGUCAUUAGUUCGCCCAUGGGCCCACACUCCAUGGCCUCACCUGGAAUGGGCUAUGGCCCCAGCGUUAGCCCACAGUUAAAUUCGCCGAUGAACUCUGUCAGUAGCUCUGAAGACAUCAAGCCUCCACUGGGCCUCAACGGCGUGAUGAAGGUGCCAGCUCAGCCCUCAGGCACACCCAUCUCCCUCACCAAACACAUCUGUGCCAUCUGCGGAGACCGAUCCUCUGGUAAACACUAUGGCGUGUACAGCUGUGAGGGCUGCAAGGGCUUCUUUAAGAGAACCGUGCGGAAAGACCUGACCUACACCUGCAGAGACAACAAAGACUGCAUCAUCGACAAGCGCCAGCGCAACCGCUGCCAGUACUGCCGCUAUCAGAAGUGUCUGGCCAUGGGCAUGAAGAGAGAAGUUUUGUUACAUGCAGCUGUCCAGGAGGAGCGCCAGCGAGCCAAAGACCGAAACGAGAACGAGGUGGAGUCCACCAGCAGCGCCAAUGAGGACAUGCCUGUGGAGAAGAUCCUGGAGGCUGAACUUGCUGUCGAGCCCAAGACUGAAACCUACAUUGAGACCAACCUGGGCAUGCCCUCCAACUCACCCAAUGAUCCAGUCACUAAUAUCUGUCAGGCAGCAGACAAACAGCUCUUUACUCUGGUGGAGUGGGCCAAAAGGAUCCCACACUUCUCUGAACUGCCCCUGGAUGACCAGGUCAUCUUACUGCGAGCAGGCUGGAAUGAGCUGCUCAUCGCAUCAUUCUCGCACCGCUCUAUAGCCGUGAAGGAUGGCAUUCUCCUAGCUACGGGGCUCCACGUGCACAGGAACAGUGCCCACAGCGCAGGAGUGGGAGCCAUAUUCGACAGGGUGCUCACGGAGUUGGUGUCGAAGAUGAGGGACAUGCAGAUGGAUAAAACUGAGCUGGGCUGCCUGCGGGCCAUAGUGCUUUUUAAUCCAGACUCCAAAGGGCUGUCAAACCCAGGGGAGGUGGAGGCUCUGAGGGAGAAAGUGUAUGCCUCUCUGGAGGCCUACUGCAAGCAGAAAUACCCCGAACAGCCUGGCAGGUUUGCUAAGCUGUUACUGCGGCUGCCUGCGCUCCGCUCCAUCGGACUCAAGUGUCUGGAGCACUUGUUCUUUUUCAAGCUCAUAGGGGACACGCCCAUCGACACCUUCCUCAUGGAGAUGCUGGAGGCGCCCCACCAAAUGACAUAAUGACAUCAUGACCUCCCGUUGCCCUGGGAGGCGGUUGGGGGGGCAGACAUCCCCUUCCUCCCCAGAUGAGACUGAUCUUGUGACGCUAUUGGCAGGAGAGUGCUGCCCUCCACUGAACGUUUCACAACACGCUCAUGGGCUCUCAUGCUCUGAUACCUUGUAUAAAGAUAUAAAUAUAUAAACUUGACACAAUAGAGGACAGGAGUACUUCGAACCAUCCGCUUUGUGGUCAAAUGGGAAAAAUAAGGAAGGAAAACCAACAACAAAGGAGAGUCUUCUGACAAAAGGUUUACUGGAAGUCCCGGGGACACUAAUGAACCACAGGAAUGGCCUUCAGAGAGUUGAACUGGAUGACGGCACUGUUCUGGAUUAGGAGAUUACUCCUGCUGUGUUUACUUCUACAAAUACAAGGAGCACUGGGGCCUCAUCAAUGUCCAGUUUGAGGGGUCAUGAGAUAUAAGAAGUCCAGGUUGGACCAACGAUGGCAAUGAAGAGCUUUCCCUCCUGUCAAGAGCCUAGUGCUCCACAACAACUGUCAGUUGUCAGGAGUCAUUGUUAGGUUAUAAAAUUAUGGAUCUGACUGGCAGCAAAGCCUGGAUGUUAUUGAAUGCCUUGGUGUUAUUGACUCUGUAAUGUUGUUUGCAGGGCCUACUGCUUAAGGAGAUCGAUCUGAGCUAUACCGUCCCACUGUUGCAACUGUAUCUGUGUGCUCGGAGCACAGUUAGACUCCCUCCUCAGUCUGCAGAGAAGCACGUGGAAACAAACCUCAUCCAUUUCGUAGUGAUUCUGUUCACUAAUUCAUUUAGCGUUUUCACUGUGUUGGAGAGGAGGGCUCUAGUCUAGACUGCCAGGAAAGAUUAUCUGAAAGGUCAGGUGCCACCUCUGAGUACCUGUGGUACACCAGUUCACCUCAAAACAAAAACAGCAAUCAGACUGUUCCUCACAGUCAAGAACCUAGCUUUGGAAUGGCUCUUUCAUUCAUACACGUUGUUACUGCCAGACUCAGUAUUGGUAUCUCUUUUUCACAAUGUGCAAUUACCUCCCGUUCAUUUCCUUAGGCCAGACUCCACAGUUGUCGGUCCCCGAUCCCUCAUCUUCAACAGUCAGUUAGCAGUUGGCGGGAUGCUAUGGGGAUGUUCUUGCUUAGUACUUAACCUCUUUAUUCCAUAUAGCAGUAGUCUGGCCUUAACCAGCUUCAACCAACCUGGUUAACAAGGGUGUUAGUUGGCUGUUGGCUUUGUAGGGGGAAGGGGACCAAAGAAAGUUCACAAUCUGCACUUCUCUGGGCAAACCAAGUGUCAUUUUUUGUUCUUUUUGAGUGUGAAAUAUCUUACUUGAGCUAUGUAAUGUUCCCAUAUUCAGCAUUUUUAUUUCUUUUUUUCUGCGCUGCUGCUGCUUAACUAUGCAUCUAGCAUUCUUUCCAAAGACUGCCCGCAGUGAGGUUUGCUAUGGUUUUACAGAUUCUGUACAGCACACCAAACCGGGUGGCCCUACGGCCCUGGCCCUGAAAGCCCACCAACCAGGCAGCUUUCUGCUGGCCCUGCCUUUCUCUUCUUCGGACAAUGCCCUGUCAGGACCAGGGCUUUGGUACCCCGGUGUUAAUGCCAGGCUAUAGUAUGUACAAAGACUUUUGACGAGAGGCUUUAGUGUAGCUUGCAGAGACGCGCGAAGGAUGUGACCGGUGAAAAUGCGGAGGCUAUGAGCGGGCUGUGAGCUCCGCCUAGUGGAGGACAUGCAGCAUUGCAGCAUUACUUGAAGUAUUUAAUCAGAAAAAAGGCACUUUUUUCAUAAUAUCAAGGUUUUUUUUCUUUUCCUCAGUCAGACAUGGGAUUGGAUAUGAUCAGCAAUAACAUGAUUACCUGAUCAGUUAAUAUGAUUAAUUGAAAAUGCAUGUAUAGCUGUGAGGCCCAUUAUCAUUGAUUUGGAAGAGAUGAAUGGUGCUCUUAUGAGUAGGACUGAAAAGUAGGCUGUCAGGUGACUGGCUAAAUUUUGACAGCCUUGAUAAAAUGAAUCUUAAAGCAGGAGGGAUGUAGCCUACAUGUCAUCUCAGAUGAAACAUCAACAGAACUCAGAAAUCCCAAGGAACAUGCAUGAAGUGCUAUAGUUCUCAAUAUUUACACCCUGAUGUAAUAAAUUAUCAAUUUUUCAGGCUUGUGGAUUAAACUGAUCUUGGUCUUAAAUGGAGGAAUGUCAGACCACAGGGAUCUUGAAGCCAUAUGCAGAUUUUUAAAAUCACUAACAAUGAAGAAGCUCUCCUGCAGGAAACACGAGUCCUCUGAACUAAAGAUUGACAGGAUGAACACAUGCAUAAAUGCUUUAUAUAUGAGAUAAAGCUAUAUUUUGUCUAUAUGUACAUGUGUAUAUAUUUAUAAAUAAGUAUAUAAAAACAAAUCCUUUUCCUUAAAUGUUUCCAGUCAACAUUAGUAAAGAGAGCGCCAAGUGCUUUGGUAAAACCUACUUAAAAAAAUUAAUUAAAAAAAAAAAAAAAAACAGGCCUAAUUGCACUGUGUAGUAUUCAGAGAUACCCGAAGUGGUUCAGUGUUUGAAUUGCUGAAGCUUUUGUGUUCAGCUUUGAUGAACUAAAGCAGAGAAAUGAGCAGAAUACCAGCAGCUCCAAGCCCUAAGAUAUGAUCACUCACCAGCUCCUUCACGGUUUGAUAAUCAUCCUGACGGAAAACCUCAAGAACUGCGAGUAUCAGGCCUGGAAGCUGAACCGAAAAAGGCAGAGUGUUCUCGCCUGCUUUUUAAAACCUGAUCGGAUCUUCAGGAUAGCAGCUAACAAUCAGUUGCUGAAAAGCAUAUGAAUGUGGUCUAAAUCAGACUCCAAGAGUUCAGGCUUCAAGAAAAAAUUGGAUAGGAUAUAUGAAAAUAGAACCUGGCUUGAUAAGCGUAGACCCUGACACGAUCACUUCUUUAGAUGCCACAGAGUCAGAACCUUUGAAAAUGUUGAGAAUUAAUUAUGACACCAGAAAAAAAAAGAAAAAGGAUCUAUUUUUGUAAAAAAUGUAAUUUUAUCCCUUGCUUAUGUAUUCAUACCUUCCUUCAUCCUUUCGUGGGCUGUUGUAUACAUUGUGUAAAUGUUGAUUUGAAACUGAAACGAGUGAGAAAAUAUAUCAGACCUCUUUAAAAGUUGGCUAUGGUGAGGUAGAGGUCAGUGGCAACACCCUUGCAAUUUUCGCCUGUACUUUGCCUUUUUUUUCUUUCCUCCUUCAUCUGUCACCGAGUGACAGCAUCGUCCUCUCAUAUUUUCAUCUAUUUUUAAGGAAAUGAAAAAGACAUCUGUUAUUUGUGCAUUGUUCUUUGAUGUUCUUUCAUGAAAAAAAGAAAAAAAAUAUUAAAGUUUAAAAGAUGAA